AUGUUUGACCUGAUCGACCUGAUGGGUUUUAUCGGGCAUCUGCUGAAGUUUAAAAAGGCUCUGGCUACAUAUUCUCGCAAUCCUGACAAUCCAGCAACACAAGGAAUUGAAAAUAGUGUUCAAAACCCUGUAGCUCAGAAGAAGGUUCAAAGAAGUAUGAUUAUUACUCAUUGUUGUGUUCUGUGCGUUCCCAAGUCUAAAAUGGCUAGUAUGUAUCCAAAAUCCAAUGUGUUACUUGCAACUUUAGCCUCAGGGAUCUGAAUCAUUUUCAUAUAUAUCUUUCCAGUAAAGAACUACAUCAGUAUAUGUGAAUGCAACUAUCACCAAGAUUUAUUUCAGCUAGAGGAUGUGUGCAAGAGCCAAAGAGCAUUAGACCACAUUAAAACCACUAUCAACAAAAUUAAUAAGGACAAAGGUAAACUAUUAUUAAAUCGCAAGAAAGAACUGUAUGGGGACAACCUAGAGCCCAAGAAGUGGGCAAGCAAUGAAAUUGCUUUUGUUCAAGCUAUGACAGCCCAGACAGGUGAAAUGCUGAAGGAAUCGGAGAAAAUUGCUAAAUAAUGAUAUUGAACACAUAAACAAUCAGUUAAGGAAAAGGUUGAAUGCUGCCUCUGUCGACAACUAUGAGAAAAAGAGAAAAAUGAAGAGAAGCCAAAGAAUAAAAAUCAAAGGCAAAAAAAGAAAAGGAGCAUUGUGGCUGCCAGAUGUGAAGUAGACCUCGAAAGUGACAUGUCAAGUGAUGAUAUGCCAAUUGACAUUUUAGAUGAUUAAACUGUUUUUAUUGUUUUUAUAGGGUCUAUAAAAAUUAGUCUACUUUUAUAUUAAAUAAAUAAAUAAAUGCUGCCAAUUUUAUUUUUACCCAACCUUUAAGAGCUAUAAAAUUUUUUUUACCCAACCCAUUAUGUCUUAGAAUUUUCAGUUACCCAACCAUUUUCUCUUCGGCCCCAACCCCGGGUGUAAAUAAUGACCGGUCCCUAACUGAUGUACAAACGUCCCAUACAAGCCAAGAGCCAAAGUCACCAAUCUCGGUUAGCUCUACAGGAACACUAGAUUUAGACACCAAUGAGAAAAUUAACAAUUUUUCCCAAUCUGAAGUGGUACCAUGUGACUGUUUUGGUCACCUUGUCGAAGAAGAACUCCGUACCACAUCCUUAAAUCAGGAAUAUUUCAAUUCUGAAAAUGAAAAUUCAAAUUCCGACACUGAAGAUUCAGUUACCGAAACUAUUAAAGAUUCAGUCUCCGAGUCUCAGAAAUCAAAUUGGAUCGAAUCUAUUGCAAGUCUGUCUUGCAUCAGCAGUUUAAUGUUUGGUUGUCAAGAAAUGGUAAAUGAUGCAAGAACAUCAGACAUUGCUAAUGUUGAACAAUGGAUUGUAGAUGCACAGGACACUAUCAAACAGAUACAAGAAAGCUGCGUUAGAUUUCUGAAAAACACUGACAGCUUACUUCAUCAAAUCCAAACGAAGAAACCCAAAGUUAACGACGCAAGCUCUUCUCAGGUGUCUGUAGAGCAUGAUCCAGGCUUACGCGGUGAGGUCCGCGGAGAAAACCAAAAGGAGUACCUGAUUGAACAUGGGCCUUUUCAGCCGAAGUUGUCUUGUUUCCCAGCCAAUCAAGAUAUACCUCAGGGGAAACAGAAUCGUUUUUCGCCACGAUGGUAUAACGAGUACCCACACUUAGAAUACAGUAUCAAGAAAGAUGCUGUGUUUUGUUUCGUAUGCUCGCUAUUCCACGACGCGCCCUCAAAAGAGAAGGCAGACCCAAGCUGGAUAAGUACGGGAGUAAGAAAAUGGCACAAGAUGAAGAGUGUUGGAAAGAACAAACAAGGAAAACUGGCUCAACACUUCUCGUCGCAAAGUCACAAGGCUUCUCUAGCAGCAUACUGUCACUAUUUAAAGAAGACGAAACAUGUGGACAUCCAACUGGAUAAAGCUAAAAGGGCCGCACAAAUCCAGGAAGCCGAAGACCUUGAAUGCAACCGUAAAGUAAUCCACAUCCUUUUGGACAUCGCAAGAACACUUGCCCGGCAAGCUCUUCCAUUCAGGGGUGACAGUAAUGAAGAAGGCAACUUUUACCAGUUGGUCCUAUUGGUUAGUAGACAUGUCCCAAGUCUUCGUCGGUGGAUAACUGACAAAAGGAUGAAUCCCUACCACGCCACUUAUUUGAGUCCUCAGUCGCAGAACGAGUUCAUCGCUUUGCUCGAAGCAGAACUGAGAGAAAAAGUUGUGGAAGAAGUAAAGAGUGCAGGGAUGUUUUCUGUGAUGGCAGACACAACUCCUGACGAAGAGCACACGGACAGACUUUCUGUUGUUCUUAGGUACGUCAACGACGCGGGAAAGCCAACCGAAAGGCUGCUUGAUGUAAGAGAGACUGUUGAUAAGACAGGUCUUGGUCAAGCGAAAGACAUCCUAUCUACGAUAAAGCAGUGUGGGGUGGAUACCGACGACCUAUGCUUUCAAUCAUACGACUUUGCAGCCGCCAUGUCUGGUGAGUUCAAUGGUGCUCAGCAGAAACUGUCCGAAAUUGUUGGUCGUGAUAUCCCAUACAUACCAUGCCAAGCACAUCGCUGUAACACUGUGAUCGAGCAUAGUUGCAACGCGAGUGUCAUCGUCCGUGAAAUGUUUGACAUACUCCAAGCACUUUUUGUUUUCUUCACAUCGAGUACAAAACGUUUUCAACCAUUGAAAGAGGAAAUAACCAAGGUUGAAAACUGUUUAAUGCUUAGAAACUUGUCCAAAACGCGAUGUGCCAGAGCCGAGAGUAUCCAAGCCGUCUGGACAUCAUUUGAUGUAAUCGUGGAU